AUGGUCUGGGCUCGAGUCCCGCCCCGUGGGGAGGGGGUUCAUAGGCUCGUGGGACCUAAAUGUACCAACGACAAGAUAACGCGUGUUGUCAGGCCGAUCCAGGCAUUUAGACUAUACCAUGUCUCCCGAAGGAUGCUUUUCCGUUACCACGGCCACGGGUUUCAACUUCUGGGAUACUCACUUGUAGACGCUCUGCUUGAGCAAGUCGGACGGCUUGUUGAUGUGGGCUGUCGUCAGACGGUCCAGACAGAGGGCGCCCAGGUUUCCUGCAAAGGAGAGCACGAAGAGGAGGCAGAAGAAGCACCAGAUGCAGAUCAAAAGGCGGGCGGAGGGUUUAUCGGGUGGACGAAAGGAGAUUCCCUGAACAAUCAACCCAAAAGACAAGAGCAAGAAAGGAGGUAG